AUGGAGGCUCACGACAAAUUCUGCAUCGUAAGCUUGCGAACCAGCAGCAACAACCCAAGCAACAUUCAAGACCUGAGCCACUUUGCCGCUCAGUUCGGCUGUUGCGACGGGAGUGGAGGAGUAGUCGGAGAUCCACACAUCCACACGUUGGACGGAGAUGAAUUCGACCUCUACGACAAAGGAACGUAUUCCGCGUUCCACUAUGACGGAUCUGAGCAUGGGCGACUGCAUCCAGAUCCCUAUUGCGGCCUGGCAGCAGCUCGAGCGCCUCGAGCUGCUGCCACGCCGCAACAGGGAUCUGGCUAG